CUCUGUUCCCGAUUCCGAUUCUUCGUCUCGGAUCACUUCCCAGAAGAGAAAAAUGCAGCAGGCUCUUCAAAAGCUCGCGAGUCUCUCCGCUCCUCCGCCGCCGAUAAUCGAAGCCCGCGGCAGAACCCGACUCCCUCCCCCGCGCUGUUUCAGCACCGCCGCCGAUCGCCGCCGGCGCUUCGCGAAUCGCGAGCUGAGUUUGAGCUCCUGGAUGGCGACGAGCUUCGAGCGCAGUAACGGCGCGAAGAAAGGGGCCGAGGCCGCGCGAGAUCAACACAUGGAAUCCGACGGCGGUCCAGACCCUCGUCUCGCCAAGAUCGCGUCUUCGAUUCGCGUCAUCCCAGAUUUCCCCAAGCCAGGGAUUAUGUUUCAGGAUAUAACGACUUUGCUUCUUGAUCCAGAGGCGUUUAAGGACACUAUUGAUCUGUUUGUUGAGAGGUACAGAGAGAAAAAUAUCUCUGUUGUUGCAGGUGUUGAAGCAAGAGGAUUUAUUUUUGGCCCUCCCAUUGCAUUGGCUAUUGGUGCAAAAUUUGUCCCAAUGAGAAAACCCAACAAAUUACCUGGGGAGGUCAUCUCAGAGGAGUACUCAUUGGAAUAUGGAACAGACACGAUGGAGAUGCAUGUAGGAGCUGUGCAACCAGGGGACCGCGCCUUGGUAGUGGACGAUCUUAUAGCAACUGGUGGAACAUUGUGUGCAGCAAUCAAGCUUCUUGAGCGUGUUGGGGCGAACGUGGUUGAAUGUGCAUGCAUGAUUGAAUUACCGGAGCUAAAGGGCCGAGAUCGGUUGGGUAACAAACCACUAUUUGUUCUGGUAAGUUCAGAUAUUUAGAAUGUGGUAGCAGUGAAAAACCGACUUACAUUCAGAUCAGUGAACCAUUGCUGGUGCUGCUCUUGAGCUGGAGAUUAUUAAAGAUCGCUAGAUCCAGUGGAUGUUUUGCCGGUAAUAAGACUUUACUUUACCUUUUGGCAAGGAGGUAUGGUUUGGCUAGUUUUCCCUUCUUUUCUGUUUUCCAGAUUGUUCUUUCCUCUUUGCUUUCUCCCAUGAGAGCUUGUGGGAAGCUCAAGGUUGGAACCUGGGACAUGCACAAGAGUCCCCAGGGAGAUGACCAAAAUUUGUGUCUGAUUGUGUGGUCUAAACUCGCCUUUCGAUUUAAACAGCUGUACUCUGUUUGCGAUUGAAUUAUUAUGUGAACUUGAAGAUGUGAGCUUCUUCCUUUUCAAAUAACUGUUCAAAUGAAAUUUAAUUAGAUCA